GCCGGGGCCCGGCAGAGCAGCGCGAGUAGGGCUGCACAAAGUGCUUUAAAAUUACCUAGAACCCCGGUGCCCCAAUACUGUUAGAAAACAUUAAAGAUAAAACAAAGAUGCAGCUAAUUCAGGGAAGUGUGUCAGGAUAUUCAGCGGGGAAGGGAGAGAGUAGAAAUCCUUGGUUUGUGUCAGCUACCAAGUUGAAGAUGGAGAACACAAGUUCUUCCCCAUGAGGGUUGACCCUGGAAGGUGUGGAUGCUCCAUCUCUCAAGCCAGGUCAAAAACCCUGCCUGUCCUUGACCUCCAGUAUGCUGUGCAUCUCCAAGAAGUGAGUAUUAGAGGGAAAUAUAGGAAAGCUAAACAAGACAAACUCAACAAAGGUAUGUGGUAUGUCAAUCUGAAGACAGAGAAGAAAAAAAAAUCAGAUGCAAGACUUGAGGAACUGGAUUCAGGGUCAUUGCAGAUACGAAGCAGUUUGCCUGCAGAGAAGCCAACAGCAGAUGAAAUCUGUAAUGGAAACAGAGAGAGAGUGGGACACAGACUGCAUAAAUAUUCACAGUUUUCAAAGAAACUGGUGGCCAUUUAUUGUAGAACAUCAAGGUCUCUCCCUGCUGCUGCAUAUGCCUUUGUCUGCAGCACCAAAAAUACUACUUUAUCCAGAGUCUCUGGCUCAAAUGUCAACCUCUUGCCUGCAAAACUGCUUGGUCUGGUUCCUCCCAAAACCCAAGUCUCUCAGAAUCCCAAUAUCCCUUUUCCUGGUCACUCCAACAACACCCAUCCUGCACACCUUGAGAGUUCCCCCUUGAAGAGCUGGCACUCUAAGUUCAGCAAAAAGUAUAGAAGACCUGAAUCUGGGGAUCUGCACUACCUGAACAGUGGCAAAGGACUAAACAAUUUGCAGUGUAAUACUGCAGAAUGUUGUAAUGUUUCAUUCUCUGGUGGCACAAUUCUGUUUCCGAAUGUACCAAGAGUUUGAUGGGAAUGCCAGUUAUAUUUCUGAGGAAUAAUGGGGGGUUGUUUCUGUGCAGAGGAUGUGAAAAGGAAGAUUUUGAACACAAAGUGUGCAGAGGAUGUUCAAGGAAUGUUGCUGUGCCACAGCCUCCUCAGGCCAUGUAACACAAAAUCACAUUGUGAGGAAAUGGUGAGGAAAGCCCUGGAACAGAAGUGUGAUUUUCAGAACUUCCUUACAUUAACUCUGCUCAUUAGCAGAAAUACCCAGGUUUGCUCCUCCACUUCUGGGAUUCUUUCAGUCUGUGCAGCUACACCUCCAGCUAUCUUUUAUCUUUGUUAGGGAGCACUAACAAAUAAAAAUCCUCUUGGGGUUUUACCCAUUGACUCCUAAUUAACACCAAAAAAUGCUUUACCCCGGGUGCUUUGGCAUGGGACUUUCUUUUCACGUGCUUAUAUGUCACAUAAAGUGCACACUAACUGUUCAUAUACAGUGUCAGCAUGCAUUUCGUACGCACACAAAAGUUCCAGAUGUGCUGUGUGUCUUGUUUAGUUGACUUUAGUCUUCUGUAAAGCCAAGAGAAAUAUUAAUCAUUCAUUUACUGUUAGGGGAUGGGUCUUCUUCUCAUGUUUCAGUGAAGGGGGUGGAAAAGAAAAGUAAGCCAAUUUUUUUCCUAUUUAAGGCCAAAGCUGGGGAAUGCUUGUGGCUGAGUUCUGUACAUGGCCCGGUGCUGGAAGGGCAGGGAACAACCGAUGUUGCUAUUUUGAACAGAUUUUUUUCUUCCCCCCCCAUUUUUAUUUUUGCACAGAGAGUCUCAUGUCUAAUAUUUAGACAUGAUGAGCUCUGUGCAAAAAGUAACUUUGCUCAUUCUU